CUCGGUGCUGCCCCGCUGGGAGCGAAGGGUCUGGGGUGAAACGCGGGGCCUCGGCGGGAAUCCCGCCCCGCUGCCCUGCCCCUCGCCCGCCCCCGCCGGGACCCCCGGGUGCCGCGGCCGCAGCUGGUGCCGCUGCCGCUGCCAUUGGAUUAAAAAUAGCAUCUUCCCUCCCCCUGCCCUCCCUCGGGCCCGGCUCCCGCCGCCGCCCUGCCCCGGGCCCGGCUGCCCGCCGCCUCCAUCGCCCGCGCAGAGCGGCUCGGCAGGGAGGGCGGGCGGCCGGGAGCGAGGGCGGGAGGGGAGCAGGGAGGGAAGGGAGGGAAGGAGGAUGCAGCGGGCCGCGCUCUUCCGCGGCGGCGAUGCGCAGAUGGCCGCCGGGGACCUGGGCGAGCUGCUGGUCCCCUACAUGCCCACGAUCCGGGUGCCCAAGUCAGGGGACCGGGUCUACAAGACGGAAUGUGCCUUCUCCUACGACUCGCCCGAUUCAGAAGGAGGUCUCUACGUGUGCAUGAACACGUUUCUGGGAUUUGGAAGGGAGCACAUCGAACGGCAUUACCGGAAGACGGGACAGUGUGUCUACCUGCACCUGAAACGGCACGUGAGAGAGAAGGUACCAGGAGCAUCUGGUGGAGCUUUACCCAAAAGGAGGAAUGCUAAGCUAUUUUUAGAUCUGGAGAUAAGCAGUGAUCUCAACAGUGAUGACUUUGAAUAUGAGGAUGAAGCAAAACUUGUCAUCUUUCCUGAUCACUAUGAAAUCUCAUUACCCAACAUAGAAGAGCUACCAGCACUGGUGACGAUAGCUUGUGAUGCACUGCUCAGUGCAAAAUCACCCUACAGGAAGCAGGAACCUGACUCCUGGGAAGAAGAGCUGCAGGCAUCUAAACAUGCUAAAACACUUGUACAGUUAGACAAUGGUGUUAGAAUUCCCCCCAGUGGUUGGAAAUGCUCCAGGUGUGACCUGCGGGAGAACCUGUGGCUGAACCUGACGGACGGCUCCGUGCUCUGUGGGAAGUGGUUCUUCGACGGCAGCGGGGGCAACGGGCACGCCAUGGAGCACUACAGGGAGACAGGCUACCCCCUGGCAGUGAAGCUGGGAACCAUCACUCCUGAUGGAGCAGAUGUCUAUUCCUUUGACGAAGAGGAGCCGGUUUUAGAUCCACAUAUAGCAAAACACUUGGCACACUUUGGAAUUGAUAUGCUGCAGAUGCAAGUGACAGAGAAUGGGCUAAGAGAUAAUGACAUAAAGCCAAGAGUCUCAGAAUGGGAAGUGAUUCAGGAAGCUGGUGUGAAACUCAAGCCCAUGUAUGGCCCAGGAUACACUGGCAUGAAGAACCUGGGGAAUAGCUGCUACCUCAAUGCUGUCAUGCAAGCCAUUUUCAGCAUCCCAGAGUUCCAGCGAGCGUAUGUGGGAAACCUUCCACGAAUAUUUGACUACUCCCCUCUUGAUCCAACACAAGAUUUCAAUACUCAGAUGGCUAAACUGGGACAUGGCCUUCUUUCAGGCCAAUACUCUAAGCCACCCAUGAAAUCUGAGCUCAUUGAGCAGGUGAUGAAAGAAGAACACAAGCCUCAACACAAUGGAAUAUCUCCUCGAAUGUUCAAGGCUUUUAUAAGUAAAGGCCACCCAGAGUUUUCCUCUAAUAGACAACAAGAUGCACAGGAAUUUUUCCUACAUCUUAUAAAUCUAGUAGAGAGGAACCCCGUGGGUUCGGAGAACCCCAGCGAUGUGUUCCGGUUCCUGGUGGAGGAGCGCACGCAGUGCUGCCAGUCCAGGAAGGUGCGCUACACGGAGAGGGUGGACUACAUCAUGCAGCUCCCUGUGGCCAUGGAGGCAGCAACAAACAAAGAUGAAUUAAUUGCCUAUGAACUGAAGAGGCGAGAAGCAGAAGCUGCAAGGAGACCUCUGCCAGAGCUGGUCCGUGCCAAGAUCCCAUUUAGUGCUUGUCUGCAGGCCUUUUCUGAACCAAGCAACGUAGAGGAUUUCUGGAGCAGUGCCCUUCAAGCAAAAUCUGCAGGAGUUAAAACUUCCCGUUUUGCUUCCUUUCCUGAGUACUUAGUGGUGCAGAUAAAGAAAUUCACCUUUGGCCUUGACUGGAUACCCAAAAAGCUUGAUGUUUCCAUUGACAUGCCAGAUUUCCUGGAUAUCAGUCACCUUCGGGCCAGGGGGCUCCAGCCAGGAGAAGAGGAACUCCCAGACAUUGCUCCUCCCAUUGUCAUUCCUGAUGACCCUAAAGAUCACAUGACGAACAAUUUCGUGGAGUCCCUAGAUAUUGAUGAGUCUUCAGUUAUGCAGCUGGCAGAGAUGGGCUUUCCUUUGGAAGCAUGUCGGAAGGCUGUGUACUAUACAGGCAACCUGGGUGCUGAAGUUGCUUUCAACUGGAUCAUUGCACACAUGGAAGAACCAGACUUCGCUGAGCCAUUGGUCAUACCUGCAUUUGGAGAAGUUGCUUCCAGUGGGGCAGCUGCUUUAGGAGCUGUAGGGUUAGAUAACCAGCCUCCUGAAGAGAUGGUUGCAAUUAUCAUUUCCAUGGGAUUCCAAAGGAAUCUGGCAAUUCAGGCACUGAAGGCAACAAACAACAACUUGGAGCGUGCACUGGAGUGGAUCUUCAGCCACCCUGACCCUGAGGAAGAAAGUGACCCUGCUUUGGACACAAUGGAUAUGGAGAACAAUGCUAAUGCCAAUAUCCUUGCAGAGACAGGGUCAGAGGGACCCAGGAUCAAAGAUGGCCCUGGAAGGUAUGAGCUGUUUGGGUUCAUCAGCCACAUGGGAACAUCCACAAUGAGUGGCCACUACGUUUGUCACCUCAGAAAGGAAGGAAGAUGGGUGAUCUACAACGACCUUAGAGUCUGUGCCUCAGAACGACCUCCCAAAGACCUGGGCUACAUUUAUUUUUACCACAGGAUACCAAGUUAGGCCUCAAAUCUAUCACCUGGCCUUAAGAAGCCAUAAGCCUUUUUAACCUGCCCAAAAAAAGCGUACAAUAAAAAUCUAAAACCAACAAAAGACCCCUUAACCCUUGGACUGCCAAAAAGCAAAGGAAACCAUGGGAUGUUUAUAGUGUAUUUAAAAACAAUCAUUUGAUGCCGCCUUAAGUGUUAGACGGAAGAUUUCUAAUAGGUGCUGUAUAGGACAUUGUUUUAAAUUUAUACACCUUACAGGCCAUGUGGAUUUCUGGUGGAGUUUGCAGCUAGUGUGUGGAGAAUAUGGAAGCUUCAGUGUUGAGCAAAAACAGUUCAGCCCAGCUCCUGCCUGUCCUGCCCAUGCGUCCUUUGAAGACCACAAACAAAUAUUUGUGUCUUUGGUGACUGGGAGCCUGUGUUUUCAUCCAGAGUCCAGAUCAUGCAGAGAAAUCAUUUGAAGGGAGGGGGUUUCUGACUGUUCUUCAAAGCAGAAUGUCCUUUUUCAGAGAUUAUUUUCAGUGCAGUGAGAAAAGUCAGCUGGAGUUAUAUCUGUUGGAAUUCACUGGUACAGUAUCUUGAUUUGACUUUUCCAGGCAUAAGCCUAAGAGACUAAUGGAGACAGGAGCAAUCUCCUGUCAGUGCUCUCUUCAUUUUUUGCCAAAGAGAAAUUUUAUUUUUCCAGAUAGAGGUUUCUUCAUCUUCACUUGAAUGUUUAUUUUUUAAGUUCUACCAACAGAUUCAGGAUUACAGAUGGCUAAAAGCAGUAGACUUUAUGACUAUGAAAUUAAAUGCACACCCUCAGGAAAGGCAAGGCUGUUAUUUAAAUUUUGUUUUCUUAUGGAGGAGGUAAAGAAGGGUUUAAUGUCCCAUUAUAUUUAUGUCAGGGAAAUUUGUAUCUAGAGAACUCAUAUUCCACUCAUAUCUGAAAUCAACUCCCUGACAAAGUACUCGCAGUUCAAUCCUGCUUUCUGCUAAAGAUUGCUUAAAUAUUGACUUUCAUACUUGAGUGAGGGAAAUUGCUUAGUAAUUUUCUGAUUUAUUGAUUUACCCCUCUCUUCCUCCGUUAAAAAACCAAACCAAAAAGCAACAACAAACAAGAACAAAAAACCACAAUAAAACCCCCCUUGAACUGAUACUUACACUUUCUUUAAACUUGCAAAUGCAUCAGUAAUCUGAUCUCUUAAACAGACACGUUCUAAACAGGGUCUGAUAUCUCUGGCAGGGAUGAUGGCCUGGGUAGGCAGGGGCUGCCCUUUUCUGUCUCUUUUUUUUUUUUUUGGUGUUAUUUAAGUAUUUUUCACAGGUGAGAAUACACAUGUGGGUUUUAAAAUUAUGUUUGAAAAUACUCAUUCUAGAAAAAUUAUAAUGGUGAGUGUGAACCUUUCAUGAUUCCAAAAAAAGAACAAACCCAAAGGUUCACAGUGUUGGACGCUGCUUAGAGACUGUUGCUGGACUUGCCUUGUACAAUGUUACCAAGCCCUCAAAAUAAAUUGCAGCAGUCAAAAAAAAAAAAAAAAAAAAAAAAAUUCCAAUGUGCAAGAGAGCCAGAGAGGUGUCAUUACAUUUUCUCUGCUGUUAGUGCCUGCAAGUUUUAAUAGCAAAAUUCAGGCAGCUACACACUACAUAAGAGAACCCAAAUUAAACAUCUUUUUGUGAGAAGGGAAUUUUAGUUUUUGCAUUGUCUGGGGAAAAAUAAUUGUCGCUCUGGUCAUAAAGCCACUCACAGAGCCAAAAAACACUGUUGGUAUUUUAAUCAGGUUUUUAUCUUAAAAGAUUGUGAGAGAAAUUCCAGUGCAAUAAUUUUACGGAGUGUAAAGGUGUCUAAUUUCUGGGAGAGCUCCCUGCAUUAGAGCUCUUAUGGACAAAUUAGUGCAGUGUCCUGGCACAGUAAUGAGUGGCCUCUGUGACAUUCAGCUGCCUUGUGCUUAUUGAGCCACCAGUUCUGGAUGGAAUAAAAGCUGCCAGUAAUUUCUUUGCUUCUUCCAGAUUUUGGAUAUUUGAGGACUUCACCAGAAAGUGACAGGUUUGAAAAUGGGAUCAGCAAAUUAUGCAGUGAUACAUCUUCUAUUUAAAGUGAAAGAGCAAAACUUCUGUAUAUAUGUGUGUUUCUUCAUUCUGGCAGUAGAAAAAGGAGAAAAGGCCUUUUUAUCCCCCUUCCUUUAAUUUUUGAACAUUUUUAUUUUCAAUUCCCAUGUAUAUUCCAAAGAAGUUCAACACAAUAGCUUUCCUCUUGCCUCAUGAACUUAAAGGGCUAUUUAGAAACACCAAGAUCUGGUGACUGCUGCCUUUUUAUUUAGAAAUCUUGGGUAAAUAAAGGCCAGCUGAGUAACCCACAUGUUCAUUACCCAGCUGGAAGUAUGGCUGGUCUUGUAGGAUCAGGGAUGGAGCUGGAACCUUGCCUACUGUUUGGUGCAUGCCAGAGCUGUGAUGGCUGUGGAGCUGUCUGGUCUCAGGAGGCACAUUUGGAGGGUGAUAAACUGGAAAUGUGGUUGGAAGGGGAGGGCCCUUGGCUGGCUGUGGUGGGUAAAUUGGAGCAGCUCAGGUUCUGGAGUUCUUUUCAGUUCAUCACUUUUGUGCUUUGCCUGCCCAAACCAAAGUUAGUCAGGAGUGCAGGGAGCAGUUCAGGGGAAAGGAUUUCAGGUUUUCUAAAAUUUAUCAGUUAAAAAUACAUUAGAAGUUCUUCAGUCAGGCUUUUGAGGAAUUACUUUAUUCUCUCCCAAAACAGUGGCCUCCCUCCUUUUUAAAGUGUCUGCUUGUCUCCUUUUUGUGAUGGGUUUUGUGUGAAGAACAUCAAGAACCUGGAGGAUCAGGAUGUAAACUUCUGACUCCUCAGCCUAAUGUGGGGGAGAGGAGUUUUGGUGAGUUUUGGGUUUUUUUAAACUCCAGCAUUGCAGAAGCCCCACUCAAACAGACUGAACUGAGGAGAUGACUGAUCUGCCAGGCUGUGCCUGCUGCAGUGUGAAUGUGCUGAAUGGUGCCAGGGCACAGCCUGGGCACACUCCCUAUGUCUGGGUGCUGGGGGCUCUGUGAUCUGGGAGCUUCUUGACAAAAAAGAAUGGAGGGAGAAAAAUCACUGUGAGCUGUUAGAGACAAUCUGACCUGAGAAUCACAGCAAGCCAGGACCUGGCAGUAAAUAAUGCUCUUAUUUCUCAGACUUGUUUUUACUUUUUUGUGUGAUACAUUUAGGUUAGGAGAAAGGAGGGAAGAAAAACUCAAUAACUUUUCCUUGAUUUCCUCUUCUCCUCUCAUUCCUAGCAGCAUGCUGGAUCCAGUAGACUCCUCAUUUUGAGUCACAAUCUCCUGUCUCCAAAACACAUGUAGACACAAACUCCUAUUUAAUCUUCCUAGAUAAAAUAUAAUUAGGAUAAAAAUUAAUUUAUUCAGACCUGUAGUUUUAAAAUAAGUGUAGAUGUUUCUGAACUCCCAAUCACUUGUAACUCCACUGGGUUCAGUGCCAUUACCUCUGAUUGACUUUGGUGUAAGAGAAACCAACAUCAGCCCAAUUCUUUGAUUCAGACAGCCUCCACCAGGUCACAGAACACAUUCAGAAUGUGGAUGCAUCCAGAGCUCAUUAGAUUUCUUUAGAAACCUCUGCAACUGAUUCCUUUUGUUCUCCAUCCUGGCAGCAGCCAUUUUUAUCCUCUUUGCUGUUCUCAUGCAUUGGAAGUCUAUGCAAAAUAUGUAACUGGACAUUUUAUUGUUUUCCCUGUCACCCUUCCUACCUUAAUGGCUGAGAUUGGUGUCUGAUUUCUACUCAGUCUUCAGUGGUUUUACUGUUGUAUCCUGGAAGUGUCUGUCCUGGUUUACUUUGCACCAUUCAGAGUUGUUUGCUUGAAGCACUGUUACCUUUCUGGAGAGUAUUUGUCUGAGAUGAGAAAGGCUGUGAAUGACGUUGUUGCAACUGUUUUAAAUUAAAAAGAAAUAUUCUCACA